CUCUCUGAGCCAAUGGGCUCAGGGCAUUGUGUAAGACUGUUAGAGACACCUUUAAAAGCUGACAAUUGUGCUUUAGUUGUGAACAGGGUCACUAGGGGACUUUGUCUAUUAUUUUCUGUUUUCUUGGGGGCCACAACAUCACCCAUAUACAGUACCAGUAAGCCCAUCAUGUUUGUUCGUGUCGUCAGAGUCUCCCGGUUUCCUCAAAGGCAGGACGUGACUGCAGACUGCAUGGACCUUAAGACUGGUGCUGAAAUGAACUCGCUAACUGGUUGAGGUCCUUCCCUUACAUGGGGAAGUUUACUCUACAAAACAUGUGGAAUUAGGCUAUUAUUAAGCUAGGAUACUUUUUUGGGGGGGGGGAGAAUAGCCUACAGUGUCGUUUUCAGAACAUAAACAUAUAUUUCUACAGACACGCUGCAGUAAAACGCGUAGGCCUAAUGACGGAAAGUGGAUAAAAACAAAUUGCCUGGUCAAAGUUGUUUUGGGAUUUUCCAACUGGACAGUUGACUUGGUCUCAAAUUGUAGUUUAAAAGUACGAAAUUACCCAGUUGCCCUGUUCAUAUUUAUAUUUAUCAUGGAGGUCUCCACAAACGGGUCGAGUUUUGGUGUUGACUCUCUGCUGUCUCACAGACCAGCAAGCCUAYACAUUUUGAAAGGAGAAAGUUCGAUCGAAAAAUGCCGGUGUCCACUGGAGUUAAGCCCGAGGUCCGUCCUGGAAAKCGGCUGCUCAUCUCCUCUCUCCCCGCGACCGAAAUCUGUCGAAGAUGCAAUGCACAGACAUGAUUUUGCACUGGAGUCCUCGCUACAGCAUGGGCAACUGCCCCAGCCACGGACAGUCGCAUCAUCUUUUCUUAUUCGGGAUAUUCUUGCAGACUGUAACAAACCACUUGCAGCAUGUGCCCCAUACAAGAGUCAUGAACAUCCCAUGCCAGACUCCGAGCAUUUUGAGUCCAAAAUAGCGGACGACUUUAUGGAUAAAAUCGACAGCAACUCGUCCUCGGACAAUGAAUACAAAGCGCGAGACCGUGACAUGGACAGCAGCAGGGACAGUCCGUCGUCUCGGCUGAAGAAGCCCCGGAAAGCUCGAACCGCUUUCAGUGAUCACCAGCUGGCCCAGCUCGAGCGCAGCUUCGAACGGCAGAAAUAUCUGAGUGUGCAGGACAGAAUGGAGUUGGCAGCUUCGCUCAACCUCAGCGACACUCAGGUCAAAACUUGGUACCAGAACAGACGAACGAAAUGGAAGCGACAGACCGCGGUUGGACUGGAAUUGUUGGCCGAAGCUGGCAACUACUCGACUCUUCAAAGAAUGUUUCCCUCGCCAUAUUUUUACUCACAACGUCUGGUUUCGAACCUAGAUACCACAGCGGGCUUAUAUCUGUACAGAGGACCCUCGGCACCACCACCUAUCCAGCGUCCUCUGUUUCCACGAAUCCCCCUGCAUGGUCUUCAGGGAGGCGGGGAGCCGCUCUCCUCUCUAUCUGGGGUCCUCCCUCGACCUACACAUCGAUGAACGGACAUAGCUGUCAGCACCCACGCAAGCUCCUCGCUGACAAACAAAUGGGACUGCACAUGAACAAAAUUACAUGACUUUGAAAGUCAAAACUUUUAUUUGGGUCGAUAUUUGUGAAAUGUAGUGAACUGUUUGGCUUAGGGGAAAAUAUGACAAACAUGUUUGUAGGCCAAUGUGUAGGCGAAUUGAACAUUGUGUGUUUCAGAGCGGGCUUUCAUAUUUUUUUUAGGCUGACGAAAAGGCUCUUUCAUCAACGUGAAAUUAUUGGAUUGAGGCCAAAAUGCUAUUUUGUGUUAGCACAAAUUUGGGUCUGGAUCAAAUUUGUAUUGCUGAAAUUCUGCGUUAGAGCUGGCAAAGGCAAUCUUCCCACAUUUGUGUAUACUGCAUCCACGAUAAACGCUGCAUGUCGGCCCCCAUCGGAAAUGAGCUUUUCGAUCACGCAAUCUGUAACGCUUAAGCGAUAGAUUGAAUAGAGCCCUGUUAUUCUCUAAAAACAAAAAUAACAAAAAUAAACACGUGGUUACAGCCUAUGUUUAUAACAAUAUAUAUGUCCAUGAUAUUUGCAAAUAAUGGAGAUGUGGGGGCCUACGUUCCAGAUUUAUCUUUAGCAUUUAAUUCAAUAUGACAUUAAUUUUUCGUUCCGCUCAAAUUGGACGACCAAUAUUGGGCAUGGGGCAACAGUGAAACUUUUUGAAGAUGAAAGAUGUAGCCUAAUUUGAAAUUGUUCGCGCAAUGUCAUCUGGUUGUUUCAAGGUAUCCUAUCCCAGUUAAAGCCAAAACAAGGGGAUGUAUUUACGUUUUUUAAAUGUAUAAAUACGUUCUACAAAAAUUACCCUUCACUCAAAAUAUGUGGUCGAAAGAAGAUUUAGUACAGUUAGUCUAGACUGAGUUUUUAUUUUAUUAGGCCUGUUUAACUUUUAUUUUGACAGGGAGUCAUGUUAGCCAAUCAAUGGGCACAGAAUUGCACACUGGCCUCUAUAUGGUUAAAAUUAAAUUAAGGAAUCAUUAGAAAUGAAAGCAAAACGUGGCCUAGGGUGGUCUAGCCGCUGCCUCUGGUGCACAAAACAACCCCAGAUAGGUGCUGUUAAAUGUGUUGUUUUACAUGGUCAGCCAUAGUAGUAGGAGGCCCUGGAGCAAAUUAGCGUUUAGUGCCUUGCUCAAGGGCACAGAAUAUUUUUCAUCUUGUCGCUCGGAUAUUUGAACCAGCAACCUUCCGCUUCAGCACACUCUCCUCUUUCAUCUCUAAACAUACAACUAAAUGUUCUUUAAUAAAGGCCCAAUGCAGUCAAAAACAUAACUUUUGUUUUAUAUAUAUAUACACUAUGUUGGAAUAAUACUGUGAAAUUGUGAAAAUGAUAAAGCCCUUUUAUUGUAAGCCAAAUUAAGUGGGAACGGUCAGAA